UCUCUUGACCGGCCUCUCUCUCUCUCAGCCUGUGGUCUGUUAUCAACACUCUCUCUCCUCCAGGACGGUGGGUGUCGAUCACACCGACACUGAGACAAACUGAGUUCAAACUGAAACAAACAGGAUCACACACAGGCCACUCUGCCAGUUUAAUCUUAAUCAGUGAAACAACUGACUGAAUCUUCAGGACCAGGACCAGAUACUGGACUAGACAUAAUCCUGGACUCUGAACAUCAGCCUCACCUAUAAACAGGAACCAGAACCAGGAUCAACGUGUUCUUCAGCAGAUCCUGAUCCAGAACCUUCAGAUAGAAUCAGAGAGACGAGCAGUUGGAAUCAAACACAUCAAACUGUAUAACAUGAGCGCCGGACUGGACGGAGGAGGAAGAGGAGGGAGGAAGUUCUUCCUCAGCAGUCACCGCUGCCCUGAAGUCGAGCUGCUGCCUCAUCACAACUCUGAGACACAAAUUCCUCCUGUGAAGAACCCAGAGAUCACCUGUAAAGGCCAGUCUGUGGCUAAUUACCUGGAUGUCUCUUCGUCCCGUGGCUCUGAGGGAGAGGAGGAGGAUGGCAGCAUCAGCGAGUGGUCAGAGGAGGAUCUUUCCCUCCACUUCUCUCCCUCCGUCAUCCUCCCAUCGGAUGAUGAAGAGUCUGAUCCAGAGAGCAGCUUUGAGUGUGUCGACAUAACCGUGGACACGCAGGUGAAAGGCCGGGAAGAGAAGGGGCUAAAGAUGGUCCCAAAACGACAGAUUCAGCUGAAGAAAAAAGAUGCUGAAGACAUCAUCGAGAAGGAAAAUUUACAGGUGUUACUGAAGGACAGACCUCCUGAAGGGACAGUCGCCAACAGUGAGGUGUCAGCCAAUGAGCUGCUCUGCCCCAUCGUCCGUCACAGGCCCGAUUUGUUGCUACGUCAGCACAGUAUGCCCGCUUCCCUCCACGCGCACUCGGAGACCAGCGGUGAUGUCGACAGCUGCGGGGUCUACAGGGGCCUGGUUGCAGGGGCCAGUCAAGGGUUUCACAUUGGAGGAAACUCAAGGCAGAGACUGCAGAAGUCUUUCUCUUUGGAUGAAACUAAAACAAAGAUGGCGUCCUGCAUCAUUAAAAGCGUUCUGUCUAAGAAGAUGCAGGCAGAGGAGAACAACUCCAAAACCUCCUAUCUGCAGAGGAAACCUGUAGUGUUACCCAACCUCCCCCAGCCUGCAGACCAGCAGAGGGUGAGGGAGGGGGGAGGAGGUAAAACGGGUGGUGGUGUGACGAAAGCUCCAACUCAUGUGGUGAGAGACAUGAGGAGUUUAGUUAAAAACACCUACAGCCUCUCGUUCUCCACAGCACCGACAACGACACCUGAGAACAACAAGACAGCGAGCUUCAAGGUGAUGGGUCAGGAAGGAAGCCCCCCUCCCACCUACCAGCAGGCUGUGGGGGUCAAAGGUCAUGAUGAAACAAAGAGGAGCUUUCAGACUGCAGUUUACCGCCACUCUCUAAACCGAUCACAAGACAAAAGCCAGAGCAGCAGAUUCAGUUGUCCAGUCACACAGCAGAGACGAGGCAGCGAGCCGGUACUUAACAGAAGUAAAGUGGAUGAUGUCACCUGGCCAGGCAUGUCGUUAGAUCCGCCCACUGACUCACCUGUCAACACUGACCCGUCAGAGCUCAAUCACAGCCAAUCAGAGAGAGCUGGAGGUGAGAGUAGACAGGAAGGGACCUCCUUCACCCACUCUGCACUCAUCCAGCCUCCCCCUCUUCCCCCUUCUACCUCCAAACACCUAAAGGGGACCCAUCAUCUACUGUCUGUCCAGGAGCAGAACUCCAUUCUUGGUGUGUCCUCUCAGCUUGCCCCCAGCACCUCCCAGCAGAUCCUCCACUCAUGUUUCUACACCCCUACUGCCCUGCCUACCUUCCCCCCCUCCCUUCAUCCUCAGGUGGGGAAGGUCCGCUACAUGCACAGCCCAGUGAGCUACAUCCAGACCCAGCAGGCCCCCCCACCUGCUCCCACUUUCCAUCUCCUGAGGAGGACUGAGGAGAACCAGAGCAGCUCGACUGGAAACACGUCUGACCAGCACGACCACUUUACCAGGACCUGCUCACCUCAACAGACCAGGACCAGAGGAGACCAGGAGAGCAACAGCAACACAGAAACACCUGCAACGCAGGAGCAACAUGAGCAGCAGAAGCAGCAGCAGCAAUUUCUGUGUAACAUUCAGGGUUUCUUACCUGCACAGGUGGGUAGUGAUUUACUUGUUGGCAUGACAGGGUCCACUGCAGGACCAGGGGCCCUCCUCAGUGGGCCCGGUCACAUAAUGUUAGACCCACAAAAUGGGCAGUGCUUCUAUGUGGACACGCCCCCGAAGCCUCAGAGGAAGAUGCUGCUGGAUCCAGAAACUGGUCAGUAUGUCCAGGUGUUCCUCCCUGCAUCCAGCUCCACCCCAAACAACAACGUAUUCUCAGGGCGCUUUGUGAACCCCGCCCCCUUUGCCCAGUCUGUGAUAAACCCCGUGCCCACCGUCCUGUCAGUGAUGCAAUUCCAGCCAGCUGUUGCUGUGUCCUCCCUGUACGCACCCCCAUGCCUCCCCUUCACCCUGCACACACCGUCAGCAAACUUUGCACAUACAGCCCCGUGAUGACAUCACAGUCAGUAUGAUGCCAGGUAGGAUGACAGAACAUCUAAAUUCACCUGCAGUUUGAGUGGAGACAAGGCCAGACAUGAAUUCUUCUUUAAUCUUUAAUAACUUCUUAUUGUGACUUUUAUUUUGAAAGUCUCCUCUCAGUCGGGCUGCAAAAGCUGUGAUGAUGCAAGUCCACAUGAUGUACAGUGUUUUGCUGUCAUCUGAUGGGUGUUUGGUGGUACCAUAGAUUACAAACUGUCCCAUGAUGAUCUGUUCUAUUUAACCAAAAAUUACAGACAGACUCUUGUCCUGGAAAUCAGUGUUUAAUAGACUCCUUUUCAAGAGGUUAGAAAAACAUUUGGCACACUUUGGGUACUUUCAGUCAAAGUCCGCCUGGUUCUGUCCAUAUUAAAACCUUUGCAGAAUCCACGUGUUUCGUGUUAAUUCUAUCUGCUGGGGAACAGCUGUAGAUGAGAAAUUGCUGAAUGAAUUCGGUGGCAUCUCUGUGCUUGGGAUCACUGCUAUCAUGUUCUUUUUGUCUAAAAUAAGUUUUAGUUGUUCAUUUCUUCUUUUGUUUGACACGGUUUACUCAGGCACAAUGACACUCACAACAUUACUGACCCUGAGGUAGUCAGUGCAGACCCCCUGCAGUUCCUGUUUGAGGAACACAAUGAGGUGAAUGAUGCCCCCACCUGGUCUCCUCUCACCUGUAUGAGCGAGGUGGUUAACACCACGCAAGGCCCCAUAGAGACAAGCAUCAUGGGAUAGCUGGUGAGCUAGCGGUACAACACCAGGGCUCUCAAAAAACAUAGAAAUUCAAACAGUACGCACAUCAGGACAACCACAUUUCUCUGGUAUCCCUCUAGAGGUGCAAAGUGGUAUUACAGACAGGACGAGCUAGCUGGUUAGCAUGCUAACUACAGUAGAUAUCUCUGCUGUACAAC